UGAGCAUCGUCACCACUCCAGCACGGAGCCUCGUCUGGCCGAACGCUGCGCCGUGCACUCGUCGGGAUUGCACAAAAUUCCUGAGAAAUAUACCUGCUAUUUAUGGCAUGUGGCUGGUAACUUUAUUCCUGCUGUAUUCUUUACAAGAAGUGAACAGUGAGGAUGUGGUCUCGACGCGGCUGUACUUUGUAAAUGCCUCCCUGCAGCGGGUGACCUUCUCCAGCUCGGUUGGGGUGUCCCUGCCCUGCCCUGCGGGCGGCACACCCCAUGCCGUCCUGCGCUGGUACCUGGUCACCGGCGACGACAUCUACGACGUUCCCCACAUCCGCCACGUGCACGCCAACGGCACCCUCCAGCUCUACCCUUUCUCACCCUCUGCCUUCAACAGCUACAUCCAUGACAACGACUACUUCUGCACCGCAGAGAACCAGGCCGGCAAGAUCCGCAGCCCCAGCAUUCGCGUCAAAGCAGUGUUCAGGGAGCCCUAUACGGUGCGGGUGGCAGACCAGCGGUCCAUGCGGGGCAACGUGGCUGUGUUCAAGUGCCUCAUCCCCUCGGCCGUGCAGGAGUACGUCAGCGUGGUGUCCUGGGAGAAAGACACCGUCUCCAUCGUGCCAGGGAACCGUUUCUUCCUGACGUCGUUCGGGGCCCUGUACAUAUCAGAGGUCCAGAAGGAAGAUGCCCUGUCUACCUACCGCUGCAUCACCAAGCACAAAUACAGUGGAGAGACUCGCCAGAGCAAUGGAGCCAGGCUCUCUGUUAUGGACCCUACGGAGUCCACCCCCUCAGUGUUGGACAGUUUCCAGUCCGGGGAGGUCCAGGUGGGACGUAAUGUGGAGCUGCCCUGCAUCGCCUCGGGUUAUCCCAACCCCACCAUCCGCUGGCUGAAGGACGGACGCCCGUUGCCCGCCGACUCCCGCUGGACGCGCCACCUCACGGGCCUGACGGUCAGCGAUCUGCGUCUGGACGACAGCGGGAACUACAUCUGUGAGGUCACCAACAGCUUCGGCUCUAAAGAGGUGACCGGUCAUCUCAACGUCAUCGAGCCUUUGAGAGUGACUCUAUCUCCUAAGAACCUGAAGACGGGCAUCAGCAGCACGGUGAUCCUGUCUUGUGCCGUGCAGGGUUCUCCCCACUUCACCAUGUCCUGGUACCGCAACACAGAACCCGUCCUCCCCGACCAGCACUUCUCAAUCCAGGGUGCCCACAAUGAGACCCUGUUAAUCUCCUCUGCCCAGAAGAGACAUUCGGGAGCCUACCAGUGCUUCGCCACCCGCAACGGCCAGACCGCACAGGACUUCUCCAUCAUACUGCUGGAGGAUGGUACGCCCCGUAUCGUUUCCUCCUUCAGUGAGCGUGUGGUGGUCCCGGGGGAACCCUUCUCCCUCAUGUGUGCUGCCAAAGGCGCUCCUCCCCCCACCAUCACAUGGACUCUGGAUGAUGAGGCUGUGGCCAGGGACCCGUCCCGGGUGAGGGCCAGCCAGUACACACUGUCGGACGGCUCCACCGUGUCCCACGUCAACAUCAGCAGCCCGGAGAUCCGCGACGGAGGGGUGUAUCGCUGCGCCGCACGCAACUCGGCCGGUAGCGCCGAGUACCAAGCGCGCAUAAACGUAAGAGGUUCUCCCAGGAUCAGGGAUAUGCGUAACAUCACGGCGGUGGCUGGGAGGAACACCUUUAUAAACUGUCGUGUGAUUGGCUAUCCCUACUACUCAAUCAAGUGGUACAAGGAGGGGCUUCUGCUGCCUGACAACCAUCGUCAGGUGGUGUAUGAGAAUGGUACUCUGAAGCUAAGUGACGUCCAGAAGGUCUUGGACGAGGGGGCGUACCUAUGCAGUGUGCUCAUCCAACCACAGAUCUUCAUCAGCCAGACCGUCUACGUCCAAGUCAAAGUGCCCCCUCUGAUCCAACCCUUUGACUUCCCCCCCACCUCCAUUGGGAAGCUCAUGUACAUCGCCUGCGUGGUGUCAUCUGGCGACAUGCCCAUCCACAUAACCUGGCGUAAGGACGGCCAGGAGAUCGUGCCCUCGUCCGGCGUCAACAUCGAGACCAAGGAGUACAUGAGCUCGCUGCAGAUCGGCAAGGUGUCGCUCAAGCACAACGGCAACUAUACCUGCAUCGCUAGCAACGACGCUGCCACCGUCAGCUCUGAGAGACAGCUCACUGUCACAGUGCCUCCUCAGUUUGUGGUCCAGCCCAACAACCAGGAUGGGAUAUACGGCAAGGCGGGGGUCCUCAACUGCUCCGUGGAUGGAUAUCCCCCUCCCAAAGUCAUGUGGAAGCAUGCCAAAGGUAUAGGGAACCCCCAGCAGUACCACCCAGUGCCUCUGACCGGUCGGAUCCAGAUCAUGGGGAACGGCUCCCUGCUGAUUCGUCACGUCCUGGAGGAGGACCGGGGCUACUACCUCUGUCAGGCCUCCAACGGAGUGGGCUCCGACAUCAGCAAGAGCAUGGUCCUGACCGUCAAGAUCCCAGCAAUGAUCACGUCGCACCCCAACACCACCAUGGCCAUUAAGGGCCAGAUUAAGGAGCUGAACUGCACAGCGAGGGGGGAAUGGCCUAUCAUCAUCCGUUGGGAGCGUGGUGACACGGUCAUCGACCCCGACCGUAACCCUCGCUACGCCAUCACCACCAGCCCCAACGAGAAGAGUGACGAAGUAUUGUCUACGCUGAAGCUGAAGCCAGCAGAGCGUGGUGACUCGGUCUUCUUUUCCUGCCAUGCCAUCAACUCAUAUGGAGAGGGCCGGGGACUCAUCCAGCUCACUGUGCAAGAGCCCCCAGACCCUCCAGAGUUGGAGGUGAGGGAGGUGAAGGAUCGGAGUAUGAACCUGCGCUGGACCCAGAGAUUUGACGGCAACAGCAUUAUAACCAGCUACGACAUUGAGUACAAGAACAAGACUGAUCCGUGGGAGUUGAAGCAUGCCACCCGUAAGAUCUCUCCCACAAAUAACCAGGCCAACAUCGUGGAUCUACACCCUGCCCAAGUCUACAGCAUCCGCAUGUUCUCCUACAACAAGAUCGGACACAGUCAAGCCAGCAAGGAGCUCACCAUCAGCACAGAGGAAGCACAGCCUGAUGGUCCUCCUAUGGAGGUUAUCCUCCAGCCUAUGACCUCACAGAGCAUCCGCGUCACCUGGAAGGCCCCCAGGAAGGAGCUUCAGAACGGGGUGAUCCGGGGCUACCAGAUUGGUUACCGUGAGAACGGGCCGGGCAGUAACGGCCAGUAUAGCAUUGUGGAGAUGAAGGCUACGGGGGACAGUGAGGUGUACACCCUGGACAACCUGAAGAAGUUUGCCCAAUAUGGAGUGGUGGUCCAGGCCUUCAACAGGGCUGGCACAGGCCCCUCCAGCUCUGAGAUCAACGCUACCACACUGGAGGAUGUGCCCAGCCAGCCGCCCCAGAAUGUGCGGGCCAUCUCGGUUACAUCAGACGAGGCGGUAAUCACGUGGGCAGAGCCCCCGCGUUUGACACUGCACGGCGUGCUGAAGGGCUACCGCGUGGUCUUCUGGUCCCUCUUCCCCGAUGGAGGUGGGUGCUGUGGGGGACCGAUGUACCCGCUCCCGCACGCACGGGCACAGGGCCCCACGCAGAAAUGGGGAGAGAUGCAGAACAUCACUACAACUCGUGAACAGGUGGAGCUGAGAGGGCUGGAGAAGUUCACAAACUACAGUGUCCAGGUGCUGGCAUACACACAGGCUGGGGAUGGGGUCAGGAGCAAUGUCCUGUACAUCCAGACCCGCGAGGACCACCCUGGCCCCCCGGCUGGCAUCAAAGCUGUGCCCUCAUCCACCAGUAGUGUGGUGGUUUCCUGGCUACCCCCACACAAGCCCAAUGGAAUCAUCCGCAAGUACACCAUCUACUGCUCCAGCCCCGGAUCAGGCCAACCGGCCCCCAGUGAGUAUGAGGCCAACCCCGAGCUGCUGUUCUACCGGAUUACCCACCUGAACCGCGGACAGCAGUACCUCAUCUGGGCCGCCGCCGUCACCACCGCCGGACGUGGCAACAUCAGCGACAAGGUCACUGUGGAGCCUGCUGGGAAGGCCCCAGCUAAGAUCCUAUCGUUCGGAGGUACAGUGACCACUCCUUGGAUGAAGGAGGUGAGGCUACCCUGCAGCUCAGUGGGUGAACCCACCCCCACCAUGAAAUGGACCAAAGACAGUGAGGACACAGCCAUCCCGGUGACUCUGGACGGUCAGAGGCUCAUCAUGGCCAAUGGCACACUGGUCCUGCGCUCGGUGAAAGCUGAGGAUUCUGGGUACUACACGUGCACGGCCACCAACAUGCUGGGCUUCGACACCAUCAUUGUCAACCUGCUGGUGCAAGUUCCCCCAGACCAGCCCCGUCUGACUGUCUCCACCACCUCCACCUCCUCUAUCACCCUGGCCUGGAUCCCUGGGGACAACGGAGGAUCCUCCAUCAGAGGUUUCGUGCUGCAGUACUCGGUGGACAACAUAGAGGGGUGGAGGGAUGUGUUCAUCAGUUCCAGUGAGAGGUCCUUCAAGCUGGACAACCUACGCUGUGGCACCUGGUACAAGGUCAAACUGGCCGCCAAGAACAGCGUGGGAGCGGGACGCAUCAGUGAAAUCAUUGAGGCUAAGACCCACGGACGAGAGCCCCAGUUCAAUAAAGACCAGCCGGUGUUCACCCACAUCAACUCUACCCACGCCAGGCUCAACCUGCAGGGCUGGGCGAGCGGUGGCUGCCCCAUCACGGCCGUGCUGCUGGAGUUCAGACCUAAGGGGAACUGGGCGUGGCAGAACGUGCGCACCAACGCCACCGCUGACGUGUUCCUGGCUGAGCUCCGCGAGGCCACCUGGUACGAGCUGAAGAUGAAGGCCUGUAACAGCGCCGGCUGUGGGAACCAGAGCUCUCAGUUCGCCACGCUGGACUACGAUGGCACAGGUACCAUCCCUCCCAUUAAGUCAGCGCGGCCGGAGGGCGAUGACGUCAAGAAGCUCUUCUCCAUUGGCUGCCCCGUCAUCCUGGUCACUCUGGUCGUCACCCUGCUCUUCAUCAUCCGCAAGAAACGCAAAGAGAAGAGACUGAAGAGACUUAGAGAUGCCAAAAGCCUGGCUGAGAUGCUGAUCAGCAGUAAGAAUAACCGGAGCUUUGACACCCCUGUGAAGGGGCCCCCCCAGGGUCCCCGACUCCACAUCGACAUCCCCAGAGUCCAGCUGCUCAUCGAGGACAAGGAGGGCAUCAAACAGAUCGGUGAAGACAAAGCCACCAUCCCAGUGACGGACACAGAGUUCAGCCAGAAUGUGAAUCCACAGAGCUUCUGUACGGGCGUGUCUGUGCAUCACCCCGCCCUCAUCCAGAACACCGGCCCUCUGAUUGACAUGUCCGACAUCAGACCAGGGACCAACCCGGUGUCGAGGAAGAGCGUGAAAUCGGCCCACAGUACGAGGAACCGCUACUCCAGCCAGUGGACCUUGACCAAGUGCCAGUCGUCCACGCCCGCCCGUACCCUCACCUCCGACUGGCGCACCGUGGGCUCCCAGCAUGGCAUCACCGUCACCGAGAGCGACAGCUACAGCGCCAGCCUCUCACAGGACACGGAUAAGGGGCGUAACAGCAUGGUGUCUACAGAGAGUGCGUCGUCCACCUAUGAGGAGCUGGCGCGGGCCUACGAACACGCCAAGCUUGAGGAGCACCUGCAGCACGCCAAGUUUGAGAUCACCGAGUGCUUCAUCUCCGACAGUUCCUCAGACCAGAUGACCACGGGCACCAACGACAACGCCGACAGCAUGACCUCCAUGAGCACGCCGUCCGAGACGGGCCUGUGUCGCUUCACCGCCUCGCCACCCAAACCCCAGGACUACGAUCGUGGCAGACCUACCAAUGUAGCCGUGCCCAUCCCCCACCGCGCCAACAAGAGCGAGUGGACUGCCAAAAGUGACUACUGUAACCUUCCCCUCUACAUGAAGACAGACCCUUUCUUCCGGAAGCAGUCGGAGCUGCAUGACCCGUGCCCGGUGGUGCCGCCCCGCGAGGCCUCCAACCGCAGCCUGGCCCAGCGGGCAUACCACACCCAGGGCCGCCACAUGACUCUGGACUCCUCCAAGCAGCAGCAGCAGGCUCUGACUGUGGGCCAUGCUGGACUGGCCGGCCUCAGCGCCUCAGGGGGAGCAUCGGGGGGUGCUAGUGGUAGUGGUAGUGCUGUAGGAGGGGCGACUGGAGGGCCGUCUGUUGGUUCCAGCACCUCCUCCCUGCCUCAGAGGACUCUCACCAUGCCCGGCUCCUCCUCUUCCUCUGCCCAGAGCGCUGCAGCCGCCGCCGCUGCUACCGCCGCAGCCUCGGGGGGAGACUCCAGAGACUCUCUGCUGGAGAGCAGCUCGUCAGGCCUGGGCAGACUAGACAGACAGAAGCAGGCGGCUGGCGGUGCUUACUCCAAAUCAUAUACACUGGUGUAGCUGGAGCCACUGGUGUAGAUGUUGGAGCCUUGGGAAGGGUUAGGGGCCACACAGACACACUUAUACACACCUGACGCCUGCACUGUCAGGCCAGAGGGGCCGCUCCGCAGGGGCCAGAUUGGGGUUUUUAUAGCACAGGAGUUUGGCUUCUUUCUGCGUGUUUGUUUUUUCUCUGUCGCUUUUUUUUAUUUUUCUCUUUCUCUUUCUCUUUCUCUUCCUCUCUCUAUUUAUUUUAUUAUUUUAUCUUCCCUGGAAAUAACUUGCCAAACUCAAUAUGGUCGUAAUAUUUUUAUUUGUUUUUACUUUUUCUCUCUCUCUCUCUCUCUCUCUCUCUCUCUCUCUCUCUC